AUGCAGUCAUACGGGCACGGAAUGGAUUGCUCGUUUUCGGAUACCGAGUCUCUGGCAUCUGCCUUGUCCACGCCCAGGUCGUGGAGCUUGUCGCCGCCGUCAUCUCCCUACUACUCUGAUAUCUCGGAGACCGGGUUUGCGAAUAGCAUCGAUGGCAACAAGUCUCCAAAGGGCAAACAGCGAACCCGUGCAAAACCACUUGAAAACGCACAGGACUUCUUUCGGGAGAUUCGAGAGAAACGGAAUGCUUUUUUUCUUGCGCAUAGGGAAAUAAUACUUCCUCUUCUCGGAGAGGGGACAUCGUUGAGCAAGCUUCUCCAGAUGGAGGACUAUGCUGAUUCUGAGCCUACUCCCUUUCAGAAGAUCGAAGUACAGCCGGACGGGCUCAUGGGUCGCUUGAAGCCGUAUCAGCUUGAGGGGGUAUCUUUUCUUGUCAACCUCAACGAGAAUGGCGUUGGUGGUAUACUCGCCGAUGAGAUGGGCUUGGGGAAAACUCUCCAGACUCUUAGCCUCUUCCAAUUCCUGAAAGAGAGUGACUACAGGGGCGGCACACUCCAUGCACCUUUCCUGGUCGUGUGUCCACUCAGUGUGCUUGAUACAUGGAUGGCAGAAAUCACGAGAUGGACACCGGAGAUGCGAGCAGUUAAGUAUCAUGGCACGCCUGAGCAGAGAGCCAGUUCGAAGGAGAUUUUGAAGGCUCAGAAGAAUCCAAAAGGCUCUGCACAGUCGACAGACAUGGUUGACAUCGUGGUGACCACAUACGACACUCUGCUCUCGGAGAUCAUUUGGUUUUCGCGGAGUUUCGUCUGGCGCUACAUUGUCCUUGAUGAGGGACAUAGAAUCAAAAAUCACCGGUCCAAGCGAGCAGCAGUCCUUGGCCGGCUCAAAUCAGAAUAUAAACUUGUUCUUUCAGGAACGCCUGUACAAAACGAUCUCGGUGAACUAUGGUCGAUCUUCCACUGGCUUUAUCCCGAUGUCUUUGUGUCAUCCACCGAGAAGCUCUUUGUGCAAGCCUUUUCCUUGAAAGAUGGGAAGUUUGACCCAGUCUUCUUCGACAAUGUGAGGAAGUUCUUGGGGUUGAUCAUGAUUCGAAGGACUAAAGAGACCCCGGGAAUUGGAUUGAACAUCCCGCCCAAGACAGAACUGGUGUUAUCCGUUCCCUUGACGAAAAUGCAAUGCUCAUGGUACAUGAGAAUUCUUACGGGAGCGGAUGAGGUCCUUGUGGAUGUUGCUGGGUCUUCUCAUCCACCAGCGAGCAGGAGCUCUAGCUCAGAGAUAUCGGAUGACGAGUCUUCCCUGUUAAUGGACCUUGAUUUGGAUUUGAAAGAUUCUUCCCAUACCACCGAAAAGAAAGUUUACCGCGUUACUGGGAACAUCCUCAUGGAGCUCCGGCAGGUGGGUUCAAGCUCGAUGUCGCUGAAUGGACAGUACGGGGCUGACCUUGCACAGUGUUCUAUCCAUCCAUAUCUUCUCACAAAUGCGAUUCCUGACCCAUACAUUCUAGGCGACCAUGUUUUUAAUAAUUCUGGGAAGUUCAUAGCCCUCCAAAAACUACUGAAGCAUUACGUGGAGGUUGAAAACACCAAGGUUAUCAUUUUUUCCAACUUCGAACAGGCUUUGAACCUUUGCGAGGAUCUCGUGAUGAUCAUGCAAGGAACGAGUCCAGCCUUCGAGUAUUUGCGCCUCGAUGGGCGGACCACAAGCCCAUGGCGCAAGCUCAUGGUGUACCUUUUUCAAAAUGAUCCUUCUUAUAUGAUCUUUCUACUGUCGAUCAGAGCAGCAGGUGAAGGUCUGAACCUCACAAGCUCGUCUGUCGUCAUUUUCUUGGAUGAGGAUUGGAAUCCCCAAGUCAUGAAACAAGCUGAAUCAAGAGCGCAUCGGAUCGGCCAAUCUCGACCGGUGAGAAUUUAUAAGUUGCGUUCGAGUGGAACUGUUGAAGAGCAGAUGAGCCAGAGGCUGGCGAAAAAAGCUUAA